AUGAUAGGUGUUGAUCAGACUUUGAACUUAAGUGCGUGUUAUCGUAAAAGAUAUAAUUUUCAGAUUAAAGAAUUGCUUCACACAUGAAACAGCUCAAAAUGAAUAUAUUUUUCGCAAUUUUCGUAACCCUUGCUCACUUUGUUAGACCUUCUGACUCGCAGUACUGGCAACGAGAUUUAGCAACAGAUGUCGAAUUGGCGGAAGCAAGGUUACUGGAUACACGGGCAAGCACGCAAGAGUAUUUGGACAUAAUGAACGACAUCGAAGACAUUUUGUGGACUAAGGUCCAGCCAGGCGUUUCAAGCAUCCAAGAAAACUUGCCCUUCAUCCAGAUCUCUUUUGCCGACAUUCAAAAUAUUCAAACUCAAAUCAACCAGGCAUCAUCAGUUCUAGUGUAUCAAGCAAAGCUCCAGGGAAAAGCUCUAGUGAAGCAUUUGCGGGUACUCAAUGAAACUGAAUUGACUCUUACAUCCGAAUCAUUUGACAAUCUAUUGAAUAACCGAGAUGGUCUCGUAGCACAGGGAAAUAAUGUGAUUGAAGCUCAUGAUAAUGCAAUGCAGCUUUCAAACGCCGAGGUGAUUGCUUUCAACGGCUUGCUCGACUCAAUUUUGGAGGGUCAGAAUGGAACUGCUGUCGACGCCAUAAAAAUAUCAAUGAACGAUAUCAACACUGAACUCUACACGCUGGGUUCGGAUAUUUCUUGGAAUGCUGAUCAAGUGGUCGAAACUACGCAACUCCUGAUUGAAGCUAUUGAUCUCAUUUUGGGACAGUUGCCUUGAAACAGGGAUAUUUUGCCAAAUAAAAUAAAUUUGGCUAAGUUACAAUGAAAUGUA